UAUCCUCAGAAGAAAACCAGAGAACCCUGAGGAAACCCUUUCACUGAGCCUGAAUCUCAGAACCUCAAGACGGAUCAGAUGUUAUCCUCAGCAUGGAACCCUGGAGCUCUUACAUCAAGCUCACACACACACACACACACACACACACACACAAUGGAGAAGUAAGAAGCGAAAGGAGGACUCGGCCUGGGUGAAAAAAAAAACCCGUUCCAAGCUGAGAUUGUUUUUUCGACUCCCAGUGCCAAAUUCCUCUACGUGUUUGUUGUCGUGCAGCCGAGGCAACCAUGCCACACGGCGGGGGUCUGAGGAGCGAACCAAGCCUACGGUGGACACGUGUGUCAUCCUGGAUGUGGGGGGAAAAGUGUUUUUUUUUUUUCUUCAGUUGUUCCUACAAACAUCUCAUGAACUUUAUAUGCCACCUGGUUUUGAUCAUAUGGAUGCAUUGCCACCAGGUCUGGUGCUCGAACACUUUUUCUCAGCACUGCACCAUAAACCCGAGUACAGUCACCAGAUCUUCCAGAGCACUACGUAAUCCCAAGGUGCACCGCUCAAUGAAUCAGGGCAUUACCUAAUCCCAUGAAGCAUUGCGCUGGGCGGGUGGGUAAGGGGUGGUAUCUGGAGUGCCUUCACCACGCCCAUCUCGGUCUCAUGGACCAGUGAGUGUUGUUUAACAUGACAUCAUCUUUAUUUGCAGGUCUCGAGCUCCGCCGUGCCUCCUGGACCGAGUGGAGGAGUGAAGAGAGAAAAAAAAACUCAACCAAACUUUUUUGGUUUCCACGUCGGAAGUGGAAAAGAUGUUUUCAGGAUCUUCAGGAGAAAAAACUUCAGUGGAAAAGUUUAUUUUUUAGUUUAUGAGAAUUGAAUUGAAGCACUUUGAAGGUGUUUCUUGCGCAGGUUUUGGGUUCUUCCGUUCUCUUUUUUGGAAAGAACAUGGAUGGUGUGUUUUAUAAUGAAGCUCUGGAUGGGGUUUUAAACCAUCCUCAUCAUCAUCUUCAUCAUCAUCAUCAUAACGGUGAGACAGGAGGACACGGCUACGGCGCCAUGACGCGCAACCUGAACCUGAACCUGAGCCUGAACGUGAACCUGAGCGCGGCCGACGCGCACGAGGCGCUCGCGCUCACGUCGCCCGACCUCCACGUCCUCAGGCUCACGUCGCCCGAGCUCGAGCGGCUCAUCAUGCAGUCGUGCGGGGGGUCGAACGCGUCCACGCCGGUCGCGGGGGGUCCGCCGCGCGUUUUCCCCGCGCCCAAACGCGGCGCCGAAGAGCACGACGCAUUCGCCCCGGAGGAGUUUCGGUGUCACCAGAGGAUGAACGGCGACCCCGAUGAGGAUGUCCCACCACCACCACCUGUAGCUCACGGCACGUCUCAUAGCUUUGAGGAGCAGCUGAGCCAAACGUGGGGGGACACCGCCAUCUCCGCGUACCCCGACGCACCUCCGUGCGCGCACCUUCCGCAGUUCGCCUGCGCGCCGGCGCUCAAGGACGAGUCGCAGAAAGUCCCCGAGACGCCCCCGCUGUCUCCCAUCGACAUGGAGGACCAGGAGCGGAUCAAAGCCGAGAGGAAGCGCAUGAGGAACCGCGUGGCCGCCUCCAAGUGCCGCAAGCGGAAGCUGGAGAGGCUGGCGCGGCUGGAGGAGCGGGUGAGCCGCUUGUCCGGGGAGAACGGAGAGCUGCGCGGCGCCGCCGACACGCUCAGGGACCAGGUGGCGCAGCUCCGACACCAACUCCUGGAUCACAUCAAGAGCGGCUGCAAGCUCCUCAGUCAGCAGCUACAAACUGUUACAGAGUUUUAAAGGUGCGGUCUGUGUCUUUUUUUUUUUCUUCCUUUCCUAUUUUUUUAUUUGAAACAACCUCAAACAUCUCAGAUUCAACCAUGGUAGACCCCCAUAUCCCCCCUAUUCAAUUCAGACUUCUGUAUACUUUUUCAUUUCUGGCCCAGAAAUGACUUCCACCUUUUGUUUGGUUGUUUAUUUGCUUGUUUCUUUCCAAAAAGGAAAAAAAAUUGCACCUUACUCUACACACUGUUCCCCAUCAGAUACACCUUUUUCACUCAAGAACAUCAGGGCCAGAUGUGCAAAAAUCACAUCCAGCCCCUUUAAUUGUUUUAAUCAAACAGCACUAUGGGAUAUAAACUCGUCUUCCAAUUUUCCUCCUUUCAAGGUACUUUUUUUUUUAGAAAUAGGAGGACUAUGAUGGGGUCUCAGGUGGCACAGAUAGUACGGUUCAGUGCCACCUGACAGGGACCGGGGGUCCGGAUUCAGGUUUUAUCUGGGUUUUGUGGUUUCCUCAUCACAAAAUAAAUUGCUGGUGACUAACUCUUUUGUGUAUAUGUAUAGAUAGAUAGAUAGAUAGAUAGAUAGAUAGAUAGAUAGAUAGAUAGAUAGAUAGAUAGGAGUGUGUGUGUGUGUAUUCCCACCUCCUCAGGCCUGGUUUUCCUGUUUUCCCGUCUCCCAUGUGACCCUGAGUAACCUCUAUAGAGCACUUACUGACUAUAAAUGACUCAGUUUUAUAUUAACACAUGACGUCAUCUCCCCCCCCCCCACUGUUCUUUAUACUAAAUACAGUUUUGCACUGUUUUAAGUUUUUUCUACAACCUGUUUCCUACAUUAUGUACAAAAAUAAAAUCUUGUAUACGUAUUUUAUAUUCUCGCUCCUGAACCUGUGUAAGUAAAUAAACAGAUCUGUGUAAAUGAAA